AUGUUCUUUUUUCCUAAAAUAUGGGUUCUUUUAAGCGCGUUAUUUGCUCUCUUUGGACUUGCUGUAACAGAGGGUGAUGAACAGCAAAAGUCCUGGCUCGUGGAUUCUCUACCGGGAAUUCCUGAAGACUACAAACAAAGAAUGUAUUCUGGUAAUUUGGGAGAAGAUGAACAGCUAAACGGGGAUCUCUUCUUCUGGAUGUUUGAAUCAGCAAAUACUACUUAUACAAAUAGGACUAUAAUAUGGUUAAAUGGUGGUCCGGGAUGCUCUUCAGAAGAUGGUUCCUUAAUGGAAGUUGGGCCUUUACGAAUUGGAGAAAAUGAUACAUUCCAAUUAAAUUCAGGACGAUGGGAUGAAUUUGGUAAUAUUCUGUUUGUUGAUCAGCCAAAAGGGACUGGAUUUUCAUACUCGUUAGAUGAUAACUACAUGAGCGAUAAUGAUAAAAUGGCCGAAGAAUUCUCUGUCUUCUUUGAGAAAUUUCUGACCGAAUUUCCUGAACGGGCUAACGACACUUGGUACAUAGCUGGUGAAUCUUACGCUGGCCAGUAUAUUCCAUACGUAGCUUCAAGGCUCAUAGAAAAGGAUUUGGCUCGUUUGGGUGGCCUAGCUAUCGGAAAUGGGUGGAUUCAACCUAUUUCUCAUUACAAUACCUAUCUGAACUAUUUGGUAGAAAAAGGAAAAUUAGAUUUGUAUUCUGAACAGGGUCAAUAUCUCCAUCAUGCAUGGGCGGAUUGUAUGUUGGCCCUUAAGCAAAUGGAAUCUGGCUCAGGCGACGUUGAAAAAUGUGAAAAUUUUCUUUACGAUAUAAUGUUUAUGGUUUCAGAUAAACCGGGAAAAACGUGCAUGAAUAUGUAUGACAUUAGUCUAGAAUCUAGUUAUCCUCUUUGUGGCAUGGACUGGCCCAUGGAACUUGAGUCCUUGACUCCUUAUUUAAGCAAGCCCGAGGUAUUGCAAGCGUUGCAUGUAAAUACCACCUAUGUAAAGGAGUGGAAAGAGUGCAGCAAUGACGUUUCAAAUGGUUAUGCUCGUGAAGGAAUUGAUUCAUCUGCAAAUCUCAUUAAGGAUUUGGCGUCGAAAGUUCCGGUAAUGUUAUUUUACGGUGAAAACGACUUUCUUUGUAACUAUUUGUCAGGUGAAGAUUUGCUUAAUUCUUUGGAAUGGAAUGGUGAAGUUGGUUUUGGAAAUACUUCUUGGUUUCCUUGGUUUAACAUGGGUUCCUCUGAUGAGCCAGCAGGAAGUUAUAUUCAGGCCCGAAACUUGACGUUUGCCCGUAUUGCAAAAGCGAGCCAUAUGGUUUCUUAUGAUCAUCCGAUGGAGAUGAAAGCGUUGGCUGCGGCUUUCUUUGACAAUGAUAUUCAACGUUUACUUACUCCUCCAGAACAUCUGCCAGAUCCAGGAAAUGCACAACAUAGCAAAUGGUUGUAUUUAAGUCUUCUUCCCGUUGGAUUAACGGUUUUGGGAUUAUCUGGAAUUUAUGCUUGUCGUAAACUUCAGCUGUUUGGACUGAAAGAGGCCUCUUAUGAAGCCUUGCCUGAAAGCCCAUAA